CGGGUGGGGCCUGCGGCGACUUCCGGUUGGGGGAAGAAAGUUGGGCCGAAGGAGGGGCCGCGAGGAAGGAGGAGGAAGAGGAAAGGGCCGGGCAGCAGGGGCUGUAGGUCGUUCGGCGGCGGUGGCGGCGGCUCUCUUCCGGGCGGACGAUGGACAGCCAGGGCAGGAAGGUGGUGGUGUGCGACAACGGCACCGGGUUUGUGAAGUGUGGAUAUGCAGGCUCUAACUUUCCAGAACACAUCUUCCCAGCUUUGGUUGGAAGACCUAUUAUCAGAUCAACCACCAAAGUGGGAAACAUUGAAAUCAAGUGAGGAUUUUAUUUAGGCCUUUUCUGACUCUUACUUCUACCUUCUCUUUCUUCACCUUUCUUGACCUGUUGAAGUAGAAUAACAAAAAGAUGGAUCUUAUGGUCGGUGAUGAAGCAAGUGAAUUACGCUCAAUGUUAGAAGUUAACUACCCUAUGGAAAAUGGCAUAGUACGAAAUUGGGAUGACAUGAAGCACCUGUGGGAUUAUACAUUUGGACCAGAGAAACUUAACAUAGAUACCAGAAAUUGUAAAAUCUUACUCACAGAACCUCCCAUGAACCCAACCAAAAACAGAGAGAAGAUUGUAGAGGUAAUGUUUGAAACUUACCAGUUUUCUGGCGUGUAUGUAGCUAUCCAGGCAGUUCUGACUUUGUAUGCUCAAGGUUUAUUGACUGGAGUAGUGGUGGACUCUGGAGAUGGUGUAACUCACAUUUGUCCAGUGUAUGAAGGCUUUUCUCUCCCUCACCUUACCAGGAGACUGGAUAUUGCUGGAAGGGAUAUUACCAGAUAUCUUAUCAAGCUGCUGCUAUUGCGAGGAUAUGCCUUCAACCAUUCUGCUGACUUUGAAACAGUUCGCAUGAUUAAAGAAAAAUUGUGUUAUGUGGGGUAUAAUAUUGAGCAAGAGCAGAAGCUGGCCUUAGAAACCACAGUAUUGGUUGAAUCUUACACACUCCCAGAUGGCCGCAUUAUCAAAGUUGGUGGAGAGAGAUUUGAAGCACCAGAAGCUUUAUUUCAGCCUCACUUGAUCAAUGUUGAGGGAGUAGGUGUUGCUGAAUUGCUUUUUAACACAAUCCAGGCAGCAGACAUUGAUACCAGAUCUGAAUUCUAUAAGCACAUCGUGCUUUCUGGAGGGUCUACUAUGUACCCUGGGUUGCCAUCACGGUUGGAACGAGAACUUAAGCAGCUGUACUUAGAACGAGUUUUAAAGGGAGAUGUGGAAAAACUUUCUAAAUUUAAGAUCCGCAUUGAAGACCCACCACGCAGAAAGCAUAUGGUGUUCCUGGGUGGUGCAGUUCUAGCAGAUAUCAUGAAAGACAAAGACAACUUCUGGAUGACCCGACAAGAAUACCAAGAAAAGGGUGUUCGUGUGCUGGAGAAACUUGGUGUGACUGUUCGAUAAACUAACUCCAGAGCUUGUUCGCAUCACACCCGUAAUGCUUUCUUUUUUCCUUUAUUGCCAAUCUUUGAACUCAUUCAACUCCAGGACAUGGAAGAGUCCUCUCUGUGCCCUUUGACUGGAAAUGUCAGGUUUUAUGCUGGUGUCUUGGGGAAGCUUUGUUAAAUUUUUGUUAAUGUGGGUAAAUCUGUUUAAUUCAACCACUUCCCUACAAACAUGAUGAGAGGGCAAAGGGUCCUGUCUGCUGCUUUGUUUCUUCUAAGUAGGCAUUUAGAUCAUUCCUCUUGGCUUCCUAUUUUCACUUUACUGCUCUAACGCUGCUAGUUUUAGUCUUUAGCACACUAGGUGGUAUGCCUUUAUUAGCAUAAGAAAAAACUUUACAGGAGCUUUUACAUAUUAUUGGGGUGGGGGUGGUGAGGGACGGGCGGGCAGCUGCUGACCCCUUUACAGCAUUUCCUCUGUGGUGUGGUGCUUUCCACAGUUACUGCACAGUUGAAGUACCUUAAAGCUUCUGGAAUUAACAUUUUAGGGAAACGUUAGGCUCAGAAUUAGUGUUUUGGGUGGGUUUUUGUGUGGGGUGGGGAGUGGCCUUUUGAUUUUAACUUUUUGAUUUCUGAGCUUUCCUGCUCGGAGGUAUGUAAGAUGAAAUUUAUUUACAGUACUUUGAUUUGGCAGGUUUUCUUCUACUUUCGGUCUGCCUGGAACUGUUUCCAUGAUAUAAAAAGCAGGUGUAAUAUUCCAUUACCAUGUGGCUUAGGGAUUUGUUUGUUUUGUUUUGUUUUUAAAUCAACCAUGUUAGCUGGGAGUAGACUCCCUAGAAUCUAUCAGUGGAAAAUUAACAACUUAAAAAUGCUUCUGGAAAUUCAAAUUACGGCUGAAAAAAGUGCUUAAGAGUGCUUCUUUUUACACCAGAAGCAUUAAGGUAAUCCAGUGCCAAGUACCAUUCUUGCAGUUAUUCUUUUAUAUAACUGAUCAGUGCUUCUUUAAUAAGAAUAGGUAGAUACAUAUGAGUAAUUACUGGCAGUAGGUUAUAAUUGUUGGGUUAAAAAUAACAUUGAAAUAUGGGACUUGUUGCCAGUUGGGUAAUUUUCAUUAGUUUCUUUUUUAUUAUUUUAAUUUGAGACCUGGAAGUGGAGUAAAAUUUGACUACUUAAAAUGUUGGCAAAAAAAAAAAAAAAUCAAGAUUUAAAUUCGUAUUUGUACUGAAAAAGUAAUCAUAACUAAUAAGUCUCAGUCAUCUUAUGCUUGAAGGAAGAGUUGUUGAUAUUUUGUAAAUGUUAGCAGACUUUCCCGUCUGUCAGAAAAUCGUAUUUAUGAUUCCUGUUGGUAUUGCUUUGCGUCUGAAAAAAUAUCAAAUAGUACUCAGACUUGAAAUCUUUCUAAAUUUGAGAAAUAAAGUAAUAAAUUGUAUCACGCUAAGUACCAAAAUGCAGAUACUGGGGAAAAAAAUGUUUUCCUUCAUUUCAAAAUACUCUACUAAUAAUGGCUUUGAACGAAGAAGCUUAAUUUUUAGGUGACUGAAAUUGGAG